GGAAUAAAAAAAAAAAAAAAAAAAUCCCCUUCGCCGAUCAUCAUCACCGCCCAGCAACUGCACCGCGCCGCCGCAACCCCGCCGCCUGCUUCACCCGUCCGGACCGCAACACGUUCCCGUCAUCAUCGCCGUCGCCGUCGUCGCCGUCGUCCUAGUCGUCUCGUGUGAUCGCCAUCGCCGCAAGCAAAACCCACACGCCAGCCGCCGAAGAACAUAAUAUAAUAAAAAUAUUUUAAUGAUAAAUAAUAUUAUUAUCGCAUCCAGACACGCGCAUCUUAUUAAUAUUAUAUUCUACAGCGUUUAGUCUCUUCUCCUUUUUCUUCCACUUCAUCGUAUCCUCCAUCUUCUCACUUUUUACGGCGACUCCGUCUGCCACUCUUUCUCUUUCUCUCUCUCUCUCUCACUCUCGCUAUCUCUCUCUCUCUCUAUCUUUCUCUCUCUAUCUCUCUCUCUCUUACACACUCGUACCCGUCAUCGCGCUACUAACAAUAAUAUUCAUAUUAUACAUUCAACACUGGGCAGCGUCUUUGGGGUGGAGAGGGGGCGGACGGCCGUGGCCUCAGCCAGCAUCUGAAGGUGUGUGCGCGCGCCGCGCACGUGUGUGUGCUCGCCGUCUUCAUCCGGGCGUAGUCACUGGGGGCGCACUCGCGCACAGUAGGUACACAGCCGGUGGACUGCGGGCGGCAAACGCAGAGUGGCUAUGGACACCACGAACGGGGUAGUGGCCGGUGCUGAUGCCGUCACCGUCGCGCUGUCGUUGCUGCUGUUCGUCGUGCUCCUGAUGCUUGCGGCCACAUCGGCGUGUGGCCGCGGACUCUGGACCGCACGCCGUCGACUAGACACAGCCACAGCCGUCGCCGCCCGCACCGCCGUGCUAGACGGCCCGACGGCGUACCCGGUCAUCGGGGCGCUGCACGCCAUGGACGGGCACCGGGACAGACCUUUCCGCCGGUUCACCGAGCUGUCUCACCAGUACGGACCCGUCUUCUCUAUGCCCAUGGGAUCGAUGCCAUGCGUGAUCGUCAACGAUUAUCCGUCCAUUAAGGAAGUCCUCAUCACCAACGGUUCUAAGUUUGGCGGCCGACCUAACUUUAUCCGGUACAAUGUGCUGUUCGCCGGCGACCGAAAUAAUUCACUGGCACUUUGUGAUUGGUCGUGGCUUCAAGAGACUAGACGGAAGAUUGCUCGAAUGUAUUGUUCGCCGAAAGUGUGUUCAUCCAACUAUGGUCUGCUGGACUCUAUUGCAUCCGAUGAGUUGGACGUAUUUUUGGAAUCGUUGGCCGCGGUCACGGUCCGUGGUGCCGAGCGUGAGGUACAAGUGAAACAGCCGUUAAUGAUGGCCAGUGCCAAUAUGUUCCUCCGGUUCAUGUGUACGACACAAUUUGAGUACGGCGACCCCAAGUUCCAGAACAUCGUCCGGAUGUUUGACGAGAUAUUCUGGGAUAUCAACCAAGGUUACGCGGUGGACUUCAUGCCAUGGUUGAGGCCAUUCUACGCGGGCCACAUGCGGAAGUUGUCCAAUUGGUCGRYGCAAAUCAGAAGGUUCAUGAUGGACGUGGUCAUAUCAAGGAGGAGCAGUUACGCAAGGGCUAUGGCCCAGGCAUCAAACGGCACCGGUGAUCGAAAUCAUAACGACGACGACUACGGUGUAAACGACGAACAGGAACCAACUGACUUUACAGACGCCUUGCUCAUGAGCCUGCACAAGGAACCCAGGCUUAACAUGGACCACGUGCUGUUCGAAUUAGAAGAUUUUAUCGGCGGUCAUUCGGCCGUCGGUAACAUGGUCAUGCUCGCACUGUCUAUGGUGGCUACCAGACCUCACGUGGCCCAAGCAAUUCGGGAUGAGGCUGAACAAGUCACCGGCGGCCAACGUUUGGUCCGGCUUUACGACAAACCGGACAUGCCGUACACAGAAGCCACUCUGUUCGAGACCCUACGAGUCAUUUCGUCACCCAUCGUCCCCCACGUGGCAACUGAAGAUACUACCAUCCAAGGAUUCAAAAUAUCGAAGGGCACGUGCAUUAUAAUCAACAAUUAUGAAAUUAACACCAGCCCUGUGUACUGGGAUGACCCGGAAGUGUUCGACCCCAAUCGUUUCGUACACCGCAAGUCCGGCGUAAAGCCGUGCAUUCGGAAACCGGAAUACUUUCUGCCGUUCAGCACUGGAAAAAGGACGUGCAUUGGACAGCAAUUGGUUUCCGGGUUUGGGUUCGUACUGCUAGCCGGUAUACUGCAGAGGUACGAGGUAACGGCCACUGCUCAAUUGGCAAUACCCGAGGCGCGUCUGGCUCUACCACCCGACACGUACCCACUGAUAUUGAGACCUCUAGAUGAAUCUCGAAUAUAAAUAUCAAAUAUAUUAAACAAUUUUGUUGACAUCAGACUAAAAUGGCAAUCAUUAGUGUACAUUAAAUUAGAAAAUUAUUGUACAUAUACCCAAACACAUAAUAUAUUUCACAAGUGUUGAAUCACAAGACUGUUUGAUUUACAAUUUAUUCGUAUGUAAGAACAUUACAAUAAUUUUAACCGCGUGUCUACGUCGAUACUCAAUUCAAUUACGUAUUGAUAGGUAUAUAUAAAAAUGUUUUAAAUAGACUGAAAUUCACUGUUUGAGAUACAUAAUUUUGUAUCGGUCCAAAAAUGUUAUUGUACAUGUAGCCUAUAAGA